UUUCUGAAAUUUAUAUUCGCGAUUUGAUUUAAUAUUUACUUUGAAUAUAAACAAAAUUCAUAAUAUAGAAUAUAUUUGUUGUUAAAAGUUUCAUUGAGCUUACCAGGAGGUCGAUUAUGUAAUUUCGCUUUCACAAAAUUACAUUUUUUGUAUCACCUGCAGUUCCAUUUAUCACUAAAAUUAAUUAUCACACAAGAAGCAUUUUUUUCAUUCAUUCUUUUCAACAAAUUAAAAAUUGUUAACACAUAUUAAUCAUGGUGAAGUGCAGAUGAAACCAAGUGAGAAGUGACUUAAUUUUUGAGAAGACAAAACUAUGUCCUUAGUUCCAAAACAUAGUUUUAGGAAAGUGAAAGUGUAACUUUCAAACAACAUUUCAAAAACAUUUAUUUAUCUAAAAAUAAAAUUAUGUUUCCAGUGACAAUAUUAAUUUUGGUGAAAAGAAAACUUUGUUUCAAGUGAUAUAUAAUAAAUUUUUCCGAAAAUAAAGUUUACUUUCUAGAAAAAAAGGUGUUUCUUUACAUCAUGAAUAAAUUGGGCCAUAAUUUUUUGAACAAUAUUAGUUUUUUUACGUAAGCGGGAAAUACGAAAGCAUUCGGAAUUCACCUGAAUAAAUAUUUCGUUAUAAUUUAAUGAAAACUACUUUAUUAGACUUUUCAAAGUGCAUAAAUAAAACUUCUUUUGAGAAACUAUGCAUGUUUUUCUGUUAUUCAGUGACGAAAAAGUAACACUAAAAUUUCAGAACAUGUAUGUAAAAAGUAUAAUUUUGCUUUGUUUGCUAGGAUUUUGUCAACUAAGUCAUGCUAAAUAUGGUUUUCGAGGUGAACAAGAAUGGGGUUUUGUGACUGUUAGACCAGGCGCACAUAUGUUUUAUUGGCUUCAUUACACCACUGCCAAUGUUUCAUCAUUUACAGAGAAGCCAUUAAUUAUUUGGUUAGAGGGUGGACCAGGACUGUCAUCAACCGGUUAUACAAACUUUAAAGAAAUUGGCCCUUUUUAUUUAAAUCUGACAAGUAGACCCCACACAUUGAUUAAAGACUACAACAUACUUUUUAUUGACAGUCCAGUGGGUACUGGGUUCAGUUAUGCAGAUUCCGAUAAUGCAUAUCCUAAAACGAACGAGCAAGUCGCAAAGGAUCUUAUUAGCUUUACUGAAGAAUUUUUCAAAAACUUUCCUAUUUUAUCCAACGUACCAACAUAUAUUGUUGGGCAGAGUUAUGGAGGAAAGAUAGCUCCUAUCUUCGCAUAUGAAUGGCUUAAGAAAAUUGAAAGCGGUUGGAAUAUUACAAAUCUCAAAGGAAUAGGACUUUCAAGUGCAUGGGCUUCACCUGUUCAUAAUGUUCUAUCAAUGGGACCGUAUUUAUGUGAAAAUGGGCUAAUCAAUGCGAAUGAUACAAAAAUGAUAGAGGACUGUGCUUUUAAAGCAAAUAUAUCCUCAUCUAUGAAAGAUUGGAGAGCUGCAGCAUUAAAUAUGCUUAAAACCUUGGCUGAAAUUCAAAAUUGUAAAAAAAAUUUAAACUUCUAUAAUAUCUUUUCUGAAGUCGAUCACGAAAAUUACAGUCCAUAUGAUGAAGAUGAACCCAAAGUUCAGCAUUUGAUGAACACAAUAGUAAAAUCUGCUUUAAAAUUACCAGAAACUAGUAAUUUUCAUAUAGAUACAAAGCCAAAUGAUGAAUAUCUAUAUGAACAAACCAUGAAACCUGUAACAAAAAAAGUUGAAUAUCUUCUUGCUCAACCCAAUUUUAAAGUAUUUGUCUUUAAUGGAAAACUUGAUUUAUUAGUAAAUCCUAAAGGUACUUUUCAUUGGGUUGAAAAUUUGACAUGGAAAAAUUCAUCUAAAUGGUUAGAAGCUAGAAAAAAACAAUUAAUUAUAAACAAAUCUAUCGAAGGUUACGUAAAGGCUUUCGAAAACUUGAGAAUGUACUGGGUCAAUAGGGCAGGGCAUUUGAUUGCAGUUGAUAAUCCUGUAGCUACAAGGAAAAUAUUAAAAGAUCUUACUAGCGAUUAAUUUUGUUAAUUAAAAUAGCUUUCAAUUUUAAUAUACUGUAUUUAUAAAGUAUUUUAUUAAUUUCAUUUAUUGUACAU